AUGCACAUCACCUCCAUCCUCGCCCUCGCGCUCAGCGCCACUGCAGCUUCCGCCACCACCUGGUGGACGCCCGCCAACCUCCAAUGCCCAGACGCAGGAACCAUUACUCGGGCCGAACUCAUCGCCGGAAUCACUGGUCCCGUGGGAGAGCUACGUGAGACGUCAGCAAACAAUCUCGCCACGAAAUACUGUGGAGGGACACGAUUCAGGGGUAUUCCCUUGUAUUUCGUUACUGUCAAGGGUGCUAACCUUUCGUACGCGUAUCGUAAGAGCACUGAUGAGUAUUGGUACUGCAGUGCUACCAACGGCCGGCACCCGUCGGGCUGGCCGAACGUCUGCGCGGAUAGCGGUACUUUGGUUUCUUCGUGA